CGGCAGCAGAUCAUAUAUGACAAGGUCAUAAUGGCAGUUGAUUACUCAAGAUAUUUGGCCGAGAAUGUUCUCAAUGAACAUCGCACAGUCACACAUCGCUCUCUCAGUCGGGCUUUGAAGGUCCAUACCAAUCUGGCUAAGCAGAUGCUCUAUGAAUUUCACCGGCACGAGAACGCGAAGAAACCCCAGAGUGUGAAUGCGACAUAUGUUAUUGUGGGCACUCCGAAGCUGCCCGAGAAGUCAGAGACGAAUGGGUUUCAUGUAAAGGAGGAUGGAGAUGCCAUUAUGCAGAGCAGCCCGUAUUUGAGCAGCUCUAUGCCCCAGCAGGAUGCUGCACAGGAGCAGGUUUCAACUACGUCAAUCACGUUGGUCCGAGAGGAGGACUUGGAAGAUGCCAAAUCGACGUUCCAGUUCAUCGCCUCGAUUCAUAUAUACAGCUUACAGCCCGCGGUACUGCCGGAUCUCAAUGUCUUGACAGACGUUAGCAGGGAAUUAGCACUUACAUUUCCUAACGAUGACCCCUUAGAGUGCGGAUCACAAUGGGGCAUGAUAUUGAAUAAGAAUGUCAAGCGACGGACAGGUGUCCGUCCGGCAGCACCGCCAGCCGCUCAACUUCCAAAGACCUCAUCAAGUACUACUACAGCACCUGUCAAACCACCUUUCCAAAAGGAGGCAGCACCAGAGACAACAAUUCCGGCGUCCAAGACCACAUCACAACCCUCGAAAGCGACAGAAAAGACCGCGCCAGUAAAACGCGAGAAGAGCAACUUGUUCACUUCGUUCGCCAAGGCGAAGCCGAGGGAAAAGAAAGAAGUUUCAGCUACACCAGCCAUCUCAAAUACUGAAUCGGCCGAACCCAGUGGUGGAGAAGAUGUUGUCUUGGACGAUGCCUCUGAAGAAGAAGCCGAACAACUCUUCCCCGACACAGACAAACGAGCUUCUCCAACCGAUCGUGAGACGAGAAAGGAACGCGAGGAGAAGCUCAGGCAGAUGAUGGAAGAUGACGACGACGAGGAAAUGCCCGAUGCAGCAGAAACGCCCAGAGAACCGACACCACCAAUUGAGCAGCCACCUAAGGAGCCCGAGCUGAAAGAGCAAGCCUCAGUGCAGGGCGGCCGGCGAAGGGGUCGCCGUCAAGUCAUGAAGAAGAAGACAAUGAAGGACGAAGAAGGAUAUCUAGUCACUGUCGAGGAGCCCGUCUGGGAAUCGUUCUCAGAAAGCGAGGCACCGCCUCCAAAGAAGAAGCCAGCAGUGAGCGCUCCAAAGGGAAAGCCACCUGCAAAGGCUGGCCAAGGCAGCAUUAUGUCAUUUUUCUCAAAGAAAUAGCCAGCGCUGUCUGGGUUCCAGGACAAACGAGCGCCUUAUUUACCAAUACUUGACUUAUAGUUAACUAUAACCUAAAGAUCAUAUCCCUGUUACCAUAAUCAUCCUUCAUCCUGCUACCGUUGC